GUUAAAUGAAAAACAUUUAACUGUACCAUCAGCAGGUUGAGGAGGACUCAGUAGUUGAUUCAACUAGAUUCGUUGAAUCAACGCUCAUCACUAGUUUCGUCGACUGUCGAUAUCUAAAUAAUACCUAUAUGUGCCUAUCUAUAUCUAUAGGAAGAAGAACUGGAUAUCUGAAUAUGGCGGACAAAAAUAACAAGGGCGCUAAAAGAUUUUUUUCUAUAUUUGUGACAUUUUUGUAAACAGUGCAAGAUUAAACUAUAUAUAAGUGUUAUGUUUAUGUGUUAUUCAGCAAAGAUAUUGACGUGGAAUAGUACGUAUUAUUAAAUAAUACUGGUGUCAACACAAUUAAACAGUGCAAAAUGUCAACGAUUAAAGUAUGUUUUGAGAUAGGACACACAGCUUCGUUGAAAUCCAAGAAGUCACCAGAAGGAUUUACUCAUGACUGGGAAGUCUUCGUGCGCGGCACAGAAGGCGCUGAUAUCAGUCAUUUUGUUGAAAAAGUGGUUUUUCAUCUCCAUGAAACUUUUCCUAAACCCAGAAGAGUUGUAAAGGAGCCACCAUUUUCGAUAAGUGAAUCAGGUUAUGCUGGUUUUAUUUUCCCAAUUGAAAUAUAUUUAAAAAAUAAAGAUGAACCCAAAAAGAUCACAUUCUCAUAUGAUUUUACAUUACAACGCACAGGUUCUCUUAAAGAUAGGUUUAUUUUUCAAAACCCAAAUGAUGAUUUUAAAAAGAAGUUAUUAAAAGGUGGAGGUAUAGUAACAACAAACAAUGCAUUUUACACAAAUCCUGAUCAGGAAAAUAGAAGCAGAGACUCAUUUACCGAAGAGAAACAACAGCUUGUAAGUAAACCUAAAUUAUCCUCGGAAAAUAUAAAAAAACAUAAAUCUAAAGAGUAUAAAGAAGAAAUGCCACAUAAAACCAGUAGUUUUGAAACUUUAUUUGGUGCUCCAAUACAAAAACCACCUAAAGUCUCACCAGAUCCAAAAAAAGUUGAAAAAAAUGCAAAUACACUCAAACCUCAGAAAAAGGAAAAAGAUAGGUCCAGCUCUGAUAAGAAGUCAAAACAUGAACACAAAGAACCUAAGCCAGAGAAAGUUAAAACGAAAGAUGAGAAGGAGAAAUUAAAAGCUGAGAAAAUAAAAAAUCAUAAGGAUGCAGAAAGAUCUAAAGAUAAGCCCAGUAAGAGACCAAAUGAAAGACCACCUUCCCCAGAUUUAGUUAAGAAGCGCUGUGUUAGCCCAUUAAGAAGGACACAAAGUCCAUCACAGAGGUCUAAUAGUGCAUCUAGCAUAAAAGAAGAAUACAAAUCAAAGCAUUUAUCAGAAAAUUUUGAAUCAAAGAAACCAAAGAAUGAAGUUGAAUCUAGGCCAGUAGAAGUUAAAGUUGAGAAAGAGGGUAAGGAGAAAAAGAAAAAAGAGAAGAAAAGCCAUGACCGGGACAAAGAAAGAAAGGAAAAAAAAGAACAUAAGAAAGACAGCCACAAACUGAAAGAUUCACCUAAAGAGUCGCCAAAAGAAAUACCUAAAGUAAAAGAAGUAAUAAAAGAAAAAGAACAAACUAGAGAUGCUUCACAUUCAAGAGAAAAACCACAAAAACCUGAAAAAAUUAUCAAUAAGUUUUCAAUAGAAAGACUCAGGAAAACACCUCCACCAGAAGCUGAAGAACAUGUUGAAAAUCGUAAAUCAAAAGAAAAAGGUGAUUCCGAAAGGAAACAUAAACACAAGAAAAAAGAUAAAAAAAGAGAUGAGUCAAAGGAAAAGCACAAAGAAUCUAGCAAAGAGAAAAAGAGUAAACAUGAAAAAGUUGUUAAAGAACCACCUCCCGAAAAACCUGAAAUUAUUGAACAUAGAGAAACUCCUAACCUCAAAGAACGCUCAAUACCAGAACCAGCAUCACCAAUAUCAAUAGAUACUGCAUCACAGUGCAGUUCCAAGAGUGGCCUUGUAAAGGCUUCCCACAUAAGUACAGAGGAUGUAAAUAGCAGUCAUUCUGACUCUGAAGUAUCUCUGAUUGCUGAUGAGGAAGAUAUUAAAGUAAAAAUGGAAAAUCCUUCUCCUAUGGUCAAGCAUGAACCUUCCCCCGAACCUGAACCAGAGCCAGAACCGGAAGCAGAACCCGAGUUAGAACCAGUAGUUGAACCUCCACCUGUACAACAAAAGGAGAAAUCAAAGAAGCACAAAGAUAGAUCAAAACGUGAAGAGAAACGUCGGAAACGAAAAGCAGCAGAAGAAGAAGAAAUCGAGAGUAGAAAGGUGGCAAAAACUAAUGAAUUAAGUUUAUCAAAUGACACUGAACGUGGAGAAAGCAGUGGAUCAGUAUCAGCUGAAACUAAAGUGCAAGACAACGGUGUAUCAAGUAGUCUCGGUGAAGAUGCUGAGCCAGGUGACCUGUCACCUGAUUAUAUGGUGCAACUACGUGGUCUGCAGCAAAGAAUCAUGAUGAUCAAGAAUAAUGAAGAUUUAGAGAGGGUUGUGAACCUUAUUGCUGAGACUGGACGAUAUGAAGUAACAACUCAAACAUUUGAUUUUGAUUUAUGUAUGUUAGACCGAUCCACAGUACAGCAACUUAUACAGUUAGUAGGAUGCUAACUUAGUUUUACUUGUUAAAGUUAUUGUAAAUAAUGCUUUGGUAGCAACUGUACAGAGAUAGUUUGAAAUAUAUUGGCCACAGCAAGAUUAGGCAGGCCAUUUGUAGCAUUGUUGUUACAGCGCAAAGUGUUUGCCUAAUUCUGUAUACAAGUGUGGUGCUGCAAGCGGUUAUAAUUUUUGUUACGGUUAGAAAUAAUCUCAUAUACAUUUACUUUGAAUAGUAAUAAUGUGACACUACUCAUCACUAGAGUUCUGAAGUGCAAUACUAUAGGCAUAAAGUUAUAAGACUGUUGAAAGAUUGUUAAAAAGUAUUGUAUAUUUUGUACAUUUAUUGUAUUGAUUGAUUAUAAUUUAAGUUAAAGAGCUCGAGAGUUUUUAAUAAACCUCCUGAGUCAUGAUGACUGUGAGAGGCUAUGUUUAUGUAAUGCUGAUGUUGCAUUUCGUGUUAACUUAAUAGUAAUGGUCAACACAAAUAAUAAUAUUUAUUUCAUAUAUUAUCAUUUCAUUCUUUUUUUCGUUCUAAUAUAUUUUAAGAUUGGCUUUUAAUUUUGAAUGUAAUUAUGAAAUAAUUAUAUAAUAGUCGCUACAUCACAAUAAAAUGCGAGUUUUUACAAACGUGAUUAACAAUAAUAAUUUUUCAUUGUUUUUUUUCAAUAGCUCCCAAUCGGCUAUGCUUUCUUGCGAGCCUUUGUAUAUU